AUGGCUCCCAACAAGAGAAUGACGACCGUCACUGCAGCUGACGUUUUUCCCGCGUUGUACAUGUACCUGUUCCUCAUCAUCGAGCCGGGCAUUAUUUGGAUCGCACUGCCUCUGAUCUUGGUCGACCCAUCCCACCAUUUCCACUCCUUGGCACCCGCAGGUCUCACAUCCGGUCCGUACUUUACAACAUCGCCCGCGUCGCCACCCGCCAGCUUCCUGCAGGCAUGGCACACGCCCCAGACACGCGAGCUGCUGUAUCUCUACGUCGCCGCCAUGGCUUUUAGCGCCGUCGUCGAGCCCAUGCUACUGUACCUGGCGCGAUACAAGCUGCACGACGCGCGGGACACGGAGCUCGUCGUCACGGGCGUCCUGCUGAGCUUCCUGGCUUUUGACGUCUUUCACGCGGCCGCGAACUGGGCCGUCGUGGGCAGCGCGUCGCUGACGCGGGACAUGUACGCUGCCAUCAACUUCUGGAUCCCCGUGGGGUUGGUCGUCAUCAGGAGCAUGUGGCUUCUGGGCGUGGGCCGGAGCGUCACGCACUGCAAGACGGAUUAG